AUGCAGUAUCAGAUUCUUGCUCUCGCUUUCGCUGCCACGGCUUCCGCACAGACCGAUCUAGCAAGUGUCGUCUCAGUCUUGGCGACAGCAUUACCAUCUUCGCUGAUUUCCGAAUACGCAACGAAUUCUGCCGCAGUCGCCAGCGAGAUCUCCUCGGCCUUUGACGCUGGCAACACUCCUUCAUGGUUUGAAGCGCUGCCCAGUGCAGUUCAGACCUACCUCAUCCCAGUCGAUGAUAGCGCCAACGUCACCGGCACAUUAUUGUCCUCUUCCUCUUCCAUGGUCUCAUCAUCCUUGAUCUCUGGCGCACCUACCGUCAUCGUCAGCCCAACAGGAAACUCCACUCUCGCGACCACUCGCAGGAAUCCAACUGCCACGAGGACCACCAGCAGUUCCGAUAGUGAGAACACCGAUAGCAGCUCCGGUGACGACUCAUCAAGCAGCGAUAGCAGCAGCGAAACUUCGUCGGGCGGUGCUUCUGUGCCAACUGCGAUUAUGGGUAUGGGUUUUGCUGGUGCGGCUGGCUUGGUCGGUCUUUUGGCUUUGUAG